UUGAUCAAAGAUUUCGUACAGGAAAAAGGCAGACAAGGGGGCUUUGCAGAUUGGUGUCUGCUGUUUUGAGUGAGCCAUCUACCCUUUGGACCCCCUUCUUUUGUCCCUUGUAUCUACUGCUCUCUGUCCAUACAUGUAUAUAUAUACAUAUUUUGAAAUGAGACCUAUCUUCUAAUCUAAAUAACCUUCUCCCUUCCAUAUGCUUCGCAUCAAUUAAUAUAUAAUAGGGACAAUAAACGUUGAGCAACAUGGACAAGGUGAACUCACAGCUAUAUCAGCAGAACUGUUAUAUAAUCAGACAGAAUGAGAUGCUUAGAAAGAAAGCUAAGCAACUAAACCAGGAGAAUCAGGCUCUGUUAUCGGAGCUGAAGCAGAAGCUCUCCAAGGCAAACUCGAACCACAACAGUAAUCCUGACAUCAACCUCAGCUCUGCUUCCACCACUGAUCCUAUGAAUUUGAACAAAACCUGAUUCUAUGGAGACUUUUAGUUCAAUGAAUUCCUCACAAAGCAAGAAGAUUCAAAUUAUUGUUAGUUUUUCUUCUACAUAUUAGUCUUUACCUAUAGUUACAUGUUGAAGCUCUUUUAUAUCUUCAUUUUUGGAUUCAAGAUUAUGCUUGCCAAUAAUAAAAAUGUUUGAUAAAGCAAAAUACAAAAUAUCUUCUGUUCUCCCU